AUGACAGAUGUCGAUUGGAAACGUUUAGUCGAAAUUCCAAUCCAGUUGCGUGUUGGCAAGUUACUCAGAAGAAUCGUCGAUUCAAAGACCAUCGAGUUCAAAUCGGCUGCCCUCUUUAUUCUUAUGACCUUUAUCAGAGGUUAUCUCAACCCAAUCUCUGAAAUGGCCAAAGGUCUCGUACUAAGCAUUCAAAAGAAACUAGCCUUUACCAAACGUCCAGAUAUCACCAAACUUCCCGACAACCUACUUUGCAAAAUAUUCCGUAAUCUUGACCUCAACUCUAUUUGUCAAUGUCUUAAAGUUUGUCAAAAAUGGAAAGCUAGUAUCAACAAUGCAAAUCUUUGGGAUCAUUUAUACCUUUCUUGUCGUAAAAAACUUUGUUCAGAAAAUGAUAUAAAUAUUUGGGAUGAAGUUAAUCAAUUAACAUAUUUUACAGACAUUACAUCGAAAUUAACUCCACCAGUAUCUUCACCAUAUUUAGUUAGUGUUGCUGGCAUUGCAAAUCAUCUUCACUCUUUAGUACUUCAAAAUGGUGCUGGUGUAACUACCAACGCUAUCAAUAAUAAUAAUAAUAAUAAUAAUAAUAAUAAUAUCAAUAAUAAUAAUAAUAAUAAUAAUAAUACUAAUAAUAAUAAUAAUAAUAAUAAUAAUCAAGGAGGAUCACCAAUAUUUACAAAUACAUUACCACCUUUACCAACCAAACCACCUCUUCUUUCACUUCCAAAGAUGUCAAUCAAUGGUGAUCAAUCACCUGAUCAUCACAACCAACACGAUUCUCCAAUUUUAGAGUCUCGACCAAGAACUAUGAGUAUGAGUAUUAGCGAUCCACACAAUCCAAUGCAAAUACUUUCUCCGAUCCUUCAACUCCAUGCCGCUGGAGCUCCACCACCACAACUCCAACUACCUCCACUCUCACCAAACUCGAGUUCCUCUGUAACAUCACCUCUAUUUUCAACUCCCUCCUCCACUCCAAACAAACAAGUUUCUCCAGCAACUUCAUCUAUUAAUUUAUUCUCUCCAACUAGUAAUAGUAGUAAUAAUACAAACAACUCGACCAUUUCAACACCAAAUAUUUUAACUUCACCAUUAUCUAUAGCAGCAACAAACAGUACACCACCAAUCCCAAUGUCGAUAUCCAAUAAUCCAACAACAAAUACGACAACAACAACAACUACUACUACCGCAACCACAACACCAUUAUCAACUUCACCAUCAAAAACUCCCGAUGUUUUAACAAACCGUGUAAAUUUUAUGAACCUCAACCAACUUGUCGAAAAAUUAACAUCCAUUACAUUCAUUGCCGAUAUAUCAGAGGUUAAUGCAUGCUUGGCAACCUAUCGAAGUUUUACAACCACUCCACUGUUGAUCAACAAAUUGUUGCAACGAUACCACGUACCAAGUCCUCCAGGUGAAUUGCAUAUCUCUCAAGUCGAAUGGCGUCGAAAGGUUGAAUACCCAAUUCAACACAAUGUAUUCAAGGUGCUAAAGAAAUUGAUCGAUGAACAUUUUGACGAUUUUGACAAGGAUGUAGUCACCGUACUUAAAGUCUUUUUAAAACAUAUCAUUGUUGAUAAUACUUCAUUAUCAAAUUAUUUAUUAAGAUCAUUUGUAUUAAAUACUGAUAUAAUUUUGGAAGAAAAAGGUAAAUCAUCAAGACCAAAAUCAGGUAUGAGUUCAUUAAGAAUCAUGUCUGGUAGAGGAAUGAAGACUGGUUCGCUUGCCGAAAUUUUAACAAUGCCAGCCGAUGACAUUGCCAAACAACUCACAUUGAUCGAUUUUGAGAUCUACUCCAAGAUCCAAACAUCAGAGUUUCUCAAUCAAGCUUGGGUCAAGGAGAAAACUCGUCACCUUGCACCAAACUUGCGUGCAGCUAUCGAUAGAUUCAAUAUGAUCACAAAAUGGGUUUGUACUGUAAUAUUAAAAGAGGAAAAGAUUAGAACAAGAGCAAAAUAUAUGAGUAAAUUAUUAAAAGUUGCAAAGUGUUUAAAAUCAUUACAAAAUUAUCAUACAUUGAUGGCAAUUUUAUCAGGGUUAAAUGAACCACCAAUCUUUAGACUAAAGUUCACCUUUGCUGAAAUGAAGCAAAAGGUUCAGAAAGUGUCAACAGAGUUGCAAGCUCUGAUGACAGUCGAGGGCAACCACGAUACCUAUCGAUCAGAGUUGUCAUCAAUCGAUCCUAGAUCACCAUGUAUCCCAUAUUUGGGUGUAUUUUUAAAAGACAUUACAUUCUUCCACGAAGGAGGCCAACAAGGAGGAACAGGCAUUAAUUUGAAGCAAAGCAAGAAUGUUUACGGCGUUCUCAAGGUCAUCAGAAAUUUCCAAAAAAAUAGUUAUACCAACAUUGAAGAGAACAACAAACUCGAAGAAAGUUUAACUAAUCUACAAAUCCUUUCGGAAGAUGAAUUGUAUAGUCUAUCACUUCAAAGAGAACCAAGAAAUUGUAAACGUUCUGAUUUGGUUUAA